AUGGAUUUCUCCAAUUUUGACAGUGUAAAAGUCGAGAAAGCUAAUGCAAUACUAAAAUACAACCGUUUACAAACCUUAACAAAAUUGUUUCGUUUACUAGAAUUCUGUCUUGCUAUAAUCCUCCUCUCAUGGAUCUUUAACAAGCUUCCAUUUGCUGUCAAGAUUUCCGGGGAGUUUUUCCGGCGACUAGCCGGCAUAGUAGCUAGCCCCCUCUUCGUUUUCUUGCUUUCUAACGGGAUAAUUGCUACUUUGAUAGCAAAAUCCGGCAGAUUCUCCGGCGAGAAUUACGGCGCAGACAAUGCUGAUACUCAACUGCACGAGGAGUUAAUAAAAAACACUGGCAACAAUCGCAACUGUCCAAAGCCAUUUCUCUCACAGAAUCCUAACGUUUUGUUGUCUCACGCUGCGACAUCGACAGCGACAUCGACUGGGACAACAAAGAAAGUGGAGGAAGUAGUGUUCCAAGAAAAACACAUCAUCAUCUCCGAAGAGAACGCUUUUACUAGCACGCGUGAAAAUGAGAACGAAGAUCACGAUCCUGAAGCGGAUAUGUAUGCAGACCCGGAUUCUGACCGUGAAAAUUUGAAAAUUCGGAGGACGAAGUCGGAGGAAAUGGGGAGGAAGAAUUAUGUGAAGGAGAAGAAGCAGCUGCGGAGAUCGGAGACAGAGAAGUUGGGGUCAAGAGAGGAGAAUUUGUUUUGCAGAGAGGAUGGGUUGAGCGAUGAGGAAUUUCACCGUGCCAUUGAUGAGUUCAUCGCAAGGCAUUUAAGGUUUCGUCGACAAGAGUCCAUGUCAGUUGUUUUUCAAAAUCAGAGCUCCAGUACUGCAGAAAUUGGGAAACAAUGUUAG